UCUACCUUUUGUGUCAAACAAUUAAAUCAACCUUUGUCCCUCUCUAUUUUAGGAGGAAUUAUUACUUAAUUCUGUGAGAAGUCCACAAUGACAAGUUUGAGUGCCAACAUACUGUAAAAACUACUUUGCCCCCGAAUGAAGGACGCAGAUGAGUGUUUUGAGAGCAGACAGGCAGGCUUUGGUUUGACGACGCUCAAAAAAGUACGUGGGGAAGUUCCCUAGGAAAUCCCCCACGAUUGUGCGUGCGGGGAUAUUACACACGACACAGAUGAGCCACUUCUUCGACAAAGCCGACAUCCUCGGUCGGACCAGGACAAGCAGCAGAAGACAAUUCAAAUGUUGUAUCAUUAAAAGCAAACCUCUAAAACUCAAACACAAAACCAACCGAGUCUGCGAUGGAUCACGUCAGUGUGAAUGCGGACAGUCACGACUCGCUCAGGGACAAAUCGCGGAGUUACAGCACACUGAACACUCUGUAUCACGAGACUCAGCAGGAGAUCGAGCUUCUCAACAAGCAGAUCCACGUGAAGGACAACAUCAUCGCGGAUUUGAAAGCCAGACUGGGGAGAUACGAGAGCAUCUACAUGACGGUGGGAGAGAAGGAGUCGGUCGUGAUCGGGCCCUCCAAGUCUCUGCUGGAGAGUUUGUGUAAGGAGAUCUGCAAGCUGAAGCAGAAGAGGAACGACCUGGAGUUCAAAACAUCAAGACAAGAGGAGGAGAUCCAGGCACUGAACGUGAAGCUCAGAGAGAAGGAACUGGAGCUGGAGAGCGUCAGGUGUCAGCCAGACCACGAGAAGGACCAGGAGAUUCAGAGGCUGCGGUCGGCCUUGGAGGAGAGGGAGCGAUCAGAGGCCACCAGAGCCGUGCUCUGCAGCUCUCUGGCAGAAGAGGCUGACCAGCUGCGCGGCCAGCUCGGCGCAACCGUGAAGGUGUGCCAGGAGCUGCUGGCAAGGCUGGAGAAAGAGAAGAAGGGGGAAGGAGAAGUGGAGAUGGCCCAACAGCGAAAGACAGCAGAGUCACCAGACAUGAGUGGUGUUAACGCUCAAAUCCUUCAACUUCAGGAGGAGAAUAAACAGCUGAAGCAGCGAGUGACAUAUGUACAAGGUUUAAAUUCUCAGUGGCAGAAGUAUGACUCGAGCAGGGAGGACUACAUAAGAGGUUUAUGUCAGAGGCUGAAGGAGAGCACUGGACACGGCUUGACGCCUGGGCUGAGUGCAGUCAGCACCGGGUUGCUUCAUCAGGAGAUUUCCAGGCUCAAUGGCUUACUGGAGCAGAAGAUGAGCGAGUGUGCAAGGCUGGGCAGAGAAGUGGAGGACAUGAGGAGGGAAGAUCAAGAACGAAUCCAGACACUGGAACAGCAGGUACUCAUCUACACGGAGGAUUUUAAGUCGGAGCGCACUGACAGAGAGCGAGCACAGAGCCAGAUCCAAGACCUGAAAGAGCAAAUUCAUCAGUUAAAACAGCAGCUACACAAACAGCAGGGAGCUACCAGAGAGAGCAGAGACGUGGUUCCCAUGUGUCGUGUGCACAUAGGCCACAGGAUCUCCUCAAGGCGACACAAGGACAAUGCAGAGCAUCUAUUGAGGACCACGGCUGAGACGCAGCAACAGCCUGUACCUGCAACGGCGGCAGUGGCGGCAGCAGUAAACCCCGUCUGGAGCGAAUGCCCAGGUCUGUCAGAGUUACAGUGCCCGCGCUGCCAGGCCAAGUUCAGUGACACGGACACUGCAGAGUACCUGAAACAUUGGGAAGAAUGUGCCAAACUAUAAAUGAACACUUGCGUUUUUUUUUUUGUUUUUUUUUAUCUUUUGCUGACAGUAAAUGAACACUGAUGAGCAGCACUACACAGCAGAAAAUAACCUGAGGCCAGGUUCAGGGAAGCGUGAAUACAAUUUAAACAACUGACUCAAGAUGUUUGUACAUAGGGAAACAAAACUGUCCAACCCACAGUUCCCCUGUCAGGAAAGAGUCCACCGAGCUUUUAACUUAAAAAGAGCGUCAGGUUCUGAGUCCGUGAACGUGGAGGGAAAGAGGAUGUUAAUGCAAUAUAUCAAAUAUCAUAUACCUCAAUAUGUCAAAUUACAAUCUUAUUGCACUUUCUUGACAUUUAGCCAAAAACUAAUUGUAGGAUUGUACGAUUUUAAAGAUUUGUGCUGCAUAAGCUUAUUUUGGAACUAGACACCUAGUUGAUAAUGUGGUGCUAUAAUAUUAAAAUAUAUAUUUUUUGAUUCAACUUUACACUUUUAUUUUCAGUAAAUUAUAUAUUAAGACAAAUUUCUAACUAUUUAUUCUUUCUGCAUAUAUACAAAAAUGUAACCCCUUUGAUUGGUGCAAUGCACUUUUUCCACCCGAGGCACAGGAUUUUGUUUUCAUGGAAAAAGUUUGGGAUAAAAUGUUUCAUAGUUUACCACACCAAGCGCUUUGGGAUCCACUUUUUUGUUUUUUGAAAUCAUCUAUGUAAAGAUUGCAUACCAACUGAGAGUUUGCUUAUUUUUGGAUAUCAUGCAGUCUUCUAAAGCUGGCACAUUAUUUUUGUAAUAAAAGAUUACCCACUCUGA